ACUGAGGGAGAAAUACGUCAAAUUCAUGAGGGAAUACAUCAAGUUGGGACACAUGGAGGCGAUAGAUGGUUCUCCAGUUGGCAUGGGAAGCUAUUAUUACAUCCCUCACCAUGCUGUUACGGCUAAAUUCAGAGUAGUGUUUAACGCAUCGUGUAAAACAACCAACGGCGUAUCUCUUAACGAUACGCAAAUAAGUAGACCCCAGCUACAGGAAAACCUGGUUGACAUACUUCAUCGAUUUCGGCGGUAUUCAGUUGCUUUCACAGCUGAUAUCAAAAAGAUGUUCCGACAAGUAAUGGUUGAUUCCAGGCAUCGAAAAUGGCAACAGAUACUUUGGAGGGAGUGCCCUAAUGAAUGCUUGCGUACCUAUCAACUUACGACAGUGACGUACGGUAUGGCAAGCAGUCCUUUUAAUGCUAUUAGAACAUUGAGGCAGUGUGCCUAUGAUAAUUGGGAAGUGAUUGCUGACGUUCGCCGGGCAGCCGCAGCACAGGACAGCAUCCUUCAUAGCUUUUAUGUUGAUGAUUAUUUGGAAAGUGUUCACACGCAGGAACUGGCCAUCAACCGUGCACGCGACGUUGAUGCCAUUCUUCAGCAAGGUAAAUUUGAGUUAGAUAAGUGGAACUCCAACUGCGUUCAGACCCUGGAAAGAAUCAGUGGUUCUAAGGCGUCUGCAUCGGAGAUAAAUUUUAGCGAUUCCAGCACAACGGUAUUGGGCCUACACUGGAAUCCUAUUACUGAUACCUUAUUUUUCAAGGUUAAGGUACGUAACUUUGACACAAUUUUGACUACUGAAUGGAUUGAGUGAUAUUGCAAGGUUGUAUGAUCCACUGGGGAUGCUGACACCAGUUGUCGUGUCGGCCAAGAUAUUUGUUCAAAAUAUAUGGUUGGCAAAGCUGAGUUGGGAUACGCCUCUACCAUCCGAUAUUCGUGAGACUUGGAUGAAAUACCGGAACAGUCUGCAGGGUCUUGAAAAUAUCAAAAUACCACGAUGGCUAGGAAUCAAGAAAAAUUCAGUAUCGACGCUACAUGCAAGUACAAAAGCUUACGCAGAAGUUAUUUACUUACGGAAUACCAGUGCUGGCGCAGCAUGCCAAACAUCCUUGAUUGUCGCAAAAACAAGAGUUGCCCCACUGAA